AUGUCGUGCCGAUGCUGCCGCCGAUGCAUUCCUUCCACGAUUUGUGGGGCUGACGUUUCGGACUUGUUUGCCUACAGCACCACCAAGUACAUCAAAAUCAGGGAUGCGCGAUUGGGUUUGCUGCACUAUGGCUUGAUGUUUCUGAUCGUUGUGUACAUUUUGGUGUACCAGCUGAUUGGGAAGCUAGGCUACUUGAAGUUCAACGACGCCCAGAACACCGUGCGUCUCACUCUCCAAGAGCCGACGCAGGGUUGCAAUCCCAACGACACUGGUUGCAAGGACAACUUCGCCUCUUUGAGCCAGUUGCCGUACUGCUGUGCUCAGAAUUCCAGUUGUAAGACCAACUCCGAUGGUUCCUGCUCGUGUGACUAUCGGACCAGCUUCAAGGACUACAACUGUACCUGGCUCAGCGGUACAGAUGCGUCAGUGAUUCGAGAGAGCUCCAUCGUUGUUGCCACCUUCAUUCAUGAGUAUGACCAGUCUUUGAACACAACGUGCUUCAAUUCUUACCCCUCUGCAGCCAACAACUGCGAUGAUCUCUGGCUCAUACAGGAGAAGGCUUCGCUCUUCGCGGCAGAUGUGGAGGCUUUCACUAUGCUGAUUGACCAUUCGGUGACUUCCCCAAAGUCCGGGCUUGCCACAACCUCCCGCCAAAUGCAGGGGAUGCUCUUUGUGGGAGACAAUGGGAACGACGGUGAUGUGUCUAAAGCCAUCAAGGAUGAGCUGUGCCGCAGCAAUCCGAAAGCAGUCACGGCGCAGGAGGGCGGUAGCAGUACAGAUCAUUCCCCCUGCUAUGUGCCGCCGAACUCAGCGGAUGGCUUGGAUUACUUCAGCGUGGGCACCCUACUGCAGGCCACUGGGGUGACCCUGGAAGGUGAAAGCUAUCCAGGUAGCGGCCAUUCAGCCAGAUACGAAGGGUUGACUAUCAACCUGUUGAUCGACUACAGCAACUCGCGAGAUUGGCAUGGGCUGCAGCCGAACAUUAGUUAUCUCUACAAGCCUUCAGUGGUGCCUCAGAGCACCUUUAAGACCACCUUGCUGUCGCCUUCGUCGUUGAAUGGGCAACAGAUGUUGAAGAAGGAUAUCCACGGGGUUCUCUUCGAAGUGCGGCCCUCUGGGCAGCUGGCGGUCUUCGACUUCACGCAACUCUUGCUGCAGCUGACGACCAGCUUGACCUUACUGGCACUGGCCACGGCCACAUGGCACUAG